UGUAAAAUUGGUAACAAUGAAACUAUUGGUGGUUAUUGUAAGUUUAAGCCUAUUUUCGGCUAUCAACUGUGAUCUAGAUUGGUGGAAGACUGCUAAUGUGUAUCAGAUCUAUCCGAGAUCUUUUAAAGAUUCUAAUGGAGAUGGAAUCGGCGAUCUCAAUGGAAUAACACAGAUGUUGCCGUACUUGAAAGAUCUGGGAAUUAAUGCCUUCUGGAUGUCCCCUAUCUUCAAAUCUCCAAUGGCUGACUUUGGAUACGAUAUUUCGGAUUUUAAAGAUAUCCAUUAUGAAUAUGGGAAUAUGACAGACUUUGAGCGCCUCUUGAAAACAGCACAUGAUCUAAAUUUAAAGGUUGUUCUGGAUUUUGUUCCUAAUCAUUCAAGUGAUGAGAACGAAUGGUUCAUUAAGUCUGCAGCAGGUGAUGAAACCUAUAAGGAUUUUUAUACUUGGUAUCCUGGAAAAGAUGAUCCUGCAAAUCCAGGAACUAAACUUCCGCCAAGCAAUUGGCUUAGUGAAUUUCGUGGUAGUGCAUGGAAGUUUCAUGAAGGUAGAGGAGAGUACUACUUACAUCAAUUUGCUGCGAAACAACCAGAUCUCAACUACAGAAAUCAGAAAGUCGUUGACACGAUGAAGGAUGUUUUAAGAUUCUGGCUUGAUAAGGGAGUCGAUGGUUUUCGUGUGGAUACCGUACCACAUUUAUUUGAAGUUGCACCCACUGAUGGACAGUUUCCCGAUGAAGUUCGUAGUGGUCUAACAGAUGAUCCAGAUAACUACGCUUAUCUCUAUCACAACCUCACAAAAAAUUUACCGGAAACAGUUGAAAUGGUAUACCAAUGGCGAGAUGUUCUUGAAGAAUAUACUAAAAAGGAUGGAAAUACAAGAAUUUUAUUAACAGAAGCAUAUACGGAUAUUGACAUCCUGAUGCAAUACUAUGGGAACGGUGUCAAGAAUGGCUCCCAUGUUCCAUUUAACUUUUACAUGAUUAUGAACCUCAAGAACCAUUCAAACGCAAUUGAUUUUGAUGAAAAUAUUAAACUAUGGCUGAAAAAAUUACCAAAUAAAAGUGUACCGAAUUGGGUGAUGGGAAAUCAUGAUCAAAGACGUAUUGGAUCGAGAUUUGGAAUUCACAGAAUUGAUCUUAUUAAUAUGAUCCUCAACACUCUUCCUGGCGUCAGCAUUACCUACAACGGUGAGGAGAUCGGCAUGACUGAUGUGUUCUUGACGUGGGACCAAACAGUCGAUCCUGCUGCAUGCAAUUCCAAUCCACAAAUAUAUGAUCAAUUUUCAAGAGAUCCUGCAAGGACACCUUUCCAGUGGGAUAGCUCUACUAGUGCUGGAUUCUCAACAAGUCCCAGUACCUGGUUGCCCGUAUCUUCAUUGUACCAGCAAGUGAAUGUUAAAGUCCAAAAGAAUGCUCCACGGAGUCAUCUCAAGGUGUACCGGCAGUUGUUGCGUCUCAGACACACGGAGACUCUUCAGAAAGGAACCGUUGAGACUCGUACGCACGGUCAGAAUGUCCUCAGCAUUACGAGGAGACUCUCUGGUCGUGAUACCUACAUCACCAUCGCUAACAUCGGUGGUCAAAGAGAAUCAAUCGACAUACGAGAAAUAUUUUCCGGUCGUUUGAUUUUCCACAUCAUAGCUGUAAAUUCCAGAAGGCGUGAAGGAGAUCCUGUAAGAGGCCCUAACAUAGACUUGGAACCUCAUGAGGCCUUCAUUCUUAGAAGUGUCGCUUGAAAUUUUAAACAAGUUUUAAAGAUUGUGCAUAAAUAUAAAGAAAAUAAUACCUAAUGAAAA